AUGCUCGUCUUACUGGGAAAUCCUUCUCUUUCGGCGUUCAAGGCGAAGGCUCUAUUGAAAACAAUUCAAACUUACGUUCCAGAAAUUGAUUCCAUAAACGCAGUCUAUGUUCAUUUUGUGAAACCACUUAAUGAAGAAGCGUUAAAUAUUCUGAGUGAUCCGGAAUCUGCUCAAAGAAAAGUUCUCGAUAGUUUAUUAGAUUAUGGAAAUUCCAUUAAUACUUCCGAAGCUACAGAAAAAAACUAUAAUGAUAACAUCGAAAAAAUUAGAGAGUUGUUAACAUCGACAGCUAAUUUAAUAUCCGAAACUCAUUUUUUCCUUGCGAUACCUCGACCAGGAACCAUAUCGCCAUGGUCGUCAAAAGCUACAAACAUUGCACACAUGUGUAACUUGGAACACUACAUAGAACGUAUUGAACGUGGUGUCGCUUAUUUAUUAGGUACAGAGAAUUUAGUUGAUAUGCGUCAUGUCAUAUCUGAGAAACUUGAAUUAUUUGACCAUCAUUUGCAUGAUCGUAUGACGCAAAUUCUUACAAGACACAUUCCUUCUUCUGAAACGAUAUUUAAACAUGGAACUCUGGCACCAUUAAGAUUCAUAUGCUUGAUCGGAGAUGACAACCAAUCGGGCAUAGAUCACAAUGUGGCAAAAAAGAAACUGACAGCGUGGAGCAGAGAGCAUGGACUAGCAUUGACUGAUGACGAGAUCGAUUAUCUUGUGGACGCAUUUGCGAGUGGUGAUCCAGAUUAUUGCUUGAGAAGAAAUCCGACAGAUGUUGAGCUUUUCAUGUUUGCCCAAGUCAACUCGGAGCAUUGUCGGCAUAAGAUUUUCAAUGCGGAAUGGGAGAUUGAUGGAGAGAAGAAACCAUAUUCAUUAUUUAACAUGAUAAGAAACACUCACAAAACUCACCCGGAACGCACCAUCUCCGCUUACUCCGACAAUGCAGCAGUUUUACAAGGAUUCAGAGCCACCAGAUUUGCUCCCAAUAUUGGCAAGCAAUUUGAAUACACAUCAGAGGAAGAGGAUGUGCAUAUGGUUGCAAAGGUGGAAACACAUAACCAUCCAACCGCUGUUUCCCCUUUUCCUGGAGCAGCUACAGGAUCGGGUGGAGAAAUUCGAGACGAAGGAUCAGUGGGGCAAGGUUCGAAGCCAAAGGCUGGUUUAACAGGUUUCAGUGUGUCGAAUCUUCUUAUACCUGGAUUUAUUCAACCCUGGGAAGUUGAUUUUGGAAAACCGUAUCAUGUUGCAUCCGCCUUAGACAUUAUGAUCGAAGCACCUCUGGGGAGUGCGUCUUUCAACAAUGAAUUUGGUCGACCUAAUAUUACGGGUUACUUUCGUACAUUUAUUCAACAAGUCUCAACAUCUGAUGGCAAAAGUGAAAUUCGUGGUUAUCACAAACCCAUCAUGAUUACUGGCGGCGUUGGAUCCAUUAGACCGAAUCAUGUUCUUAAGAAGAGAAUUACACCCGGCGCACACCUGUUUGUGCUAGGCGGACCUGCAAUGUUAAUUGGACUUGGUGGUGGGGCAGCCUCAUCGAUGGCCAGUGGUUCUAGCACGGCCUCUUUAGACUUUGCAUCCGUGCAACGCGAUAAUCCUGAAAUGCAACGUCGUUGUCAGCAGGUGAUUGACGCUUGCACUUCGUUAGGUGACUCUAAUCCCAUCCAGUCGAUCCAUGAUGUUGGAGCUGGCGGGUUGUCUAACGCGUUGCCUGAGAUCGCGCAUGAUAGUAGGCUAGGGUGUACAAUAAGAUUACGAGAUAUUCCUAGUGUCGAUCCGAGUAUGUCGCCAAUGGAAAUUUGGUGUAAUGAGGCUCAAGAAAGAUAUGUAUUAGCGGUGGCUCCGGAAGAUAUUGAGAUAUUCAAAGACAUAUGUAUUCGCGAAAGAUGUAUUUAUGCGGACAUUGGGAUAGCCACAGAGAAACAAGAUUUAAUAUUACAAGAUUCUCUAUUGAAUGUCACACCUGUUGAUAUACCGAUGUCUAUCUUAUUCGGUAAACCACCGAGGAUGUCUCGAAGAGCAAAAACGAUAAAGCCUGUGUGUACACCUUUCGAUACAAGCCUAAAAACUUAUCUUGAUUAUAAAAUUCAAUCGGAAAUGCUUAGAGAUGCAAUAUCUCGAGUAAUCCGCCUACCUACAGUGGCUUCCAAAUCUUUUUUAAUAACCAUUGGUGACCGUAGUAUCACCGGAUUGGUCGCUCGCGAUCAAAUGGUUGGACCAUGGCAAGUACCUGUUGCUGAUGUGGCUGUCACAACGUCGUCAUAUGGUGUCGAAAUCAUCACGGGAGAAGCUAUGUCCAUGGGAGAGCGAACUCCAAUUGCACUAAUUUCGCAAGCUGCGUCUGCACGAAUGGCUGUUGCGGAAAUGAUUACCAAUAUCGCAGCAGCAAAUAUCGAAUCAAUUUCUCAUAUACGCCUUAGCGCUAACUGGAUGUGUGCUGCAAAUCAUGAUGGUGAGGGAUCAGGACUGUAUGAGGCCGUAAAGACAGUCACGGCUCCUUUGAGUUUAAUUGUCUCCGGAUUUGCACCUGUGACCAGUGUUCAUAAAACACUGACCCCUCAACUGAGAGCAGAUACUAAAGAAAAAACCGUUUUAGUAUUCUUAGACUUAGCCAAUGGUAAACAGAGAAUUGGUGGCUCGGCGAUAACGCAAGUUUACCAACAAACCGGGGAUGAGGUACCAGAUGUGGAAAGUACCGACAUUAUGAAAGCAUUCUUCCAAGGUAUCCAAAAUGCGAACGAAUUUAUAUUAGCAUAUCAUGAUAGGUCAGAUGGUGGUUUGUUCGUCUCCAUUGCCGAGAUGUCGUUCGCUGGUCAUGUGGGAGUCAACAUAAACCUCGAGAAGAUUGUUCAAGACAAUGAUUUUAUCAGAGCACUUUUCAACGAGGAGCUUGGCGCUGUAAUACAAGUUAGUCAACGAAACCUUGUGAAAGUAGAGCACAUAUUUAAAGAGGCGGGAUUUCCUCUCAAUCAUUUGCACAAUAUUGCCGAGGUGACCGGUGAAGUUCAAGAUAUCUUGAUUAAUUUGGGUGAUCACGAGCUAUUCAAAAUUUCUCGAGUCGAACUGCAACGUAUGUGGUCCGAGACCUCUUUUCACAUGCAGUCCCUGCGUGAUAAUUCUGCAUGUGCACAGGAAGAAUUCGAUAGUAUAUUGGAUAUCAAUGAUCCGGGUCUACAGUAUUCAUUGACAUUCGAUCCUUCUGAAGAUGUUACCUCACCAUUCUUAAAGUCACCAGAGUCUUCCAGACCAAAGGUAGCAAUACUUCGUGAACAAGGUGUGAAUGGCCAAACAGAGAUGGCUUUCGCAUUUCACCUUGCCGGAUUUUCAGCAAUAGACGUUCACAUGUCUGAUAUAAUUUCAAGUAAAACAACGUUAAAGGAUUUUAAAGGAAUCGUUGCCUGUGGCGGAUUUUCGUAUGGCGAUGUGCUAGGAGCAGGUUCUGGAUGGGCGAAAUCAGUGUUGCUACAUUCAAACGCUCGAAGAGAAUUUGCCGAGUUUUUCAAUCGUCAAGAUACGUUUGCAUUGGGUGUAUGUAAUGGAUGCCAGUUUAUGAGUCAGUUAAAAGAAUUGAUUCCUGGUGCUGAGGACUGGCCGUUAUUCAAGAAAAACAAAUGUGAACAAUUUGAAUCUAGAACCAGUUUAAUAGAAAUCAUUUCAGAACCGAGCGAUAAUGAUUUCUCUAAUGCUAUAACAGCAACAAAACCUUCAAUUUUCCUAAGAGGAAUGCAUUUGUCGAUACUUCCAAUUGCGGUCGCUCAUGGUGAGGGCAGGGCGGAAUUUUCUAGUGAGGAACAAAUGAAGCGAUUGAUAUCAAACAACCUUGUUGCACUGAGAUACGUAGACCAUUACAAAGACCCAACGGAAAUUUAUCCGUUUAACCCGAAUGGUAGCCCACUGGGAAUCACGGGGGUGCAGACCCCGAAUGGAAGAGUGUUGGCCAUGAUGCCACACCCGGAGCGCGUGUUACUGAAAAAAUCACUUUCGUGGUAUCCGGUGGACCAAGGAAAAAACUGGGAAACAUGA